UAACAACUCUUUGUCUUUACAGCAAAUGUACAUGGAUGCCGCGCCAUGUAUCUAACAUCACCUGUUACCAGACACUGAGCAUCCAUUCUACAUCAGAACAUGAAUACCUCGGAGUGGCCCACACUUUCUCCAAACGCCUCUUUGAGUCACACAAACCACAGCGAUGAGUCAAGCAGGUCCAAGUCAAGUGCUUCAUCCGCCUGUGAGCAGGUGCACAUUGCACCUGAGGUCUUCCUCACACUGGGGCUCAUCAGCCUGCUUGAAAACAUCCUGGUCAUCCUUGCCAUCGUGAAGAACAAGAACCUCCACUCACCCAUGUACUUCUUCGUCUGCAGCCUAGCAGUGGCCGACAUGUUAGUUAGCGUUUCCAACGCAUGGGAGACAAUAGUUAUCCACUUGCUGGCGAACAGGAGUUUGGUGAUUGAGGAUCACUUCAUCCGUCAGAUGGAUAACAUAUUUGAUUCUCUCAUCUGUAUCUCUGUGGUGGCAUCUAUGUUGAGCCUGUUAGCGAUUGCGGUGGAUCGCUACGUGACUAUCUUCUAUGCUCUGCGUUACCAUAAUAUAAUGACCGUACGGCGAGCUGGGAUUCUCAUCGGCAGCAUCUGGACCUUCUCCACAAGUUGUGGGAUCAUCUUCAUCAUGUACUCCGAAACUAAGCCUGUGGUUGUGUGCCUGGUGGCUAUGUUCUUUGCCAUGAUGCUGAUGAUGGCCUCACUCUACAUCCACAUGUUCCUGCUGGCCCGUUCGCAUGUCAAACGCAUGGCGGCAUUGCCGGGCUAUAAAGCCAACAUCAGGCAAAGAGCUAGCAUGAAGGGUGCCAUCACCCUUACCAUCUUACUGGGAAUCUUCAUCGUGUGCUGGGCACCAUUUUUUCUCCAUCUCAUCCUCAUGAUUUCCUGCCCACGGGACAUUUACUGCAUCUGCUUCAUGUCACACUUUAACAUGUACUUGAUACUCAUCAUGUGUAACUCGGUGAUUGACCCACUGAUCUAUGCGUUCAGGAGCCAAGAGAUGAGAAAGACCUUUAAAGAGAUCCUCUGCUUUGAUGGACUACGCAGCCUCUGCAACCUGGUCAGCAAAUAUUGAAGAAGGUUCCUGGAAGAACCUGAUGGGAUGGACUGAUGGAUGAAUGGAUUUAUACAUAGAUGGAUAGGUGCAUAAUUGCAGCGGAGGAGGGGAAGUGAAGCCUGAACAUCUUCAUUAGGGACAGUAUAAUUUGUACAGAUUUUUUCACGGUCAUCUUACAUCAUUUGAAAUGUUUUGAUGUUACUGUGGAAGUUUCAUGUUGUGUUGUUGGAAAAUAUUGAAUUAAGAAGUUCAAAAUGUGCCUUUCUGUUAUGUAGUGUAUUUAUAAUAGGAGUUACAUUGUCCUCAGCAGGGGACUGUCGUCAGGUCAAUGCAGUGACAUUUUGUGCACAAAAAAAAGGCUAGAGUAUUAAUAUGCAGAGUAGAA